AUGUCGUUGAAAAUCAUCGCUGUAUUCCUGUCUCUGCUAAUUGUGGCAUUCUGUAGAAUGCAGAGGAUCACUGUGAAAGGUCAAUUGGCUUGCGACAACAAAGCCAUACAAGGCGUUCUCGUUAAGCUUAUUGAGAAAGACACGUUGGAUCCGGACGACUUAAUGGCAACGACUCAUUCCGACCGGCAAGGCUAUUUCGAGGUGACUGGCGAGGAGGAUGAAGUCGGAAGUAUAGAACCUUUUCUUCAAAUUAUACAUAAUUGUCUCGAUGGUGUUAUUAAACCGGUAAUAUAUUUCGUUUUUUUCUCGUUUUUCCUGAGACGAUUAAAGAGAUGA